AUGGAGACCUCCAUCGCCUCCUCCUCCUCUCCCCUGCGUUUCUCCCACAACCCGAGCCACCCGCGACCAACCCUCAACCCCACCCCACGCCUCUCCCCGUCCGGCCGCCAGUCCGCCGUCGCCACACGCCUCCGCGCCAUCUCGCCCUCGCCCGCCCCGCCCCCGCCGGCCCCGACGGAGGCCUUCGGCUUCGACGCCCUCAAGGACACCUUCUCCGUGGACGUGGCGGCCGCCGAGGCGCGCCCGCUCGACGUGCCCCUCGCCGCGCCCUUCACCAUCGCCUCCUCGCGCCUCGAGGCUGUAUCCAACGUAGCCGUCCGUGUCGAGCUCUCCAGCGGCGCCGUGGGGUGGGGCGAAGCCCCCGUCCUGCCCUCCGUCACCGCCGAGGACCAGCCCGCCGCGCUCGCCGCCGUCGCCCGCGCCUGCGCGCUGCUCGCCGCCGCACCGGCCGCGCCCCUCGGCGCCGUGCUCAGGGACGUCGCCGACGCACUCCCCGGACACGCCUUCGCAUCGGCCAGAGCAGGAGUGGAGAUGGCAGUCAUUGACGCAGUUGCCAACAGCAUCCGCAUACCUCUCUGGAGAUUAUUCGGUGGAGCAUCAAACAGCGUCACCACGGACAUCACGAUUCCAAUCGUGACUCCAAAUGAAGCCGCUCAAUUGGCUGCGAAAUAUCGGGGACAAGGGUUUCAGACUUUGAAGCUCAAAGUGGGGAAAAACCUGAACUCGGACAUGGAAGUUCUAAAGGCUAUACGGCUCGUCCAUCCAGACUGCUCGUUUAUCUUGGAUGCAAAUGAAGGGUACACUGCAAAGCAAGCGAUCGAAGUUCUUGACAGACUAAACGAAAUGGGAGUGACUCCUGUACUGUUUGAGCAACCAGUUCAUAGAGAUGAUUGGGAAGGCCUCCGCGAUGUUAGCGUCGCUGCAAUGGAGAGAUACAGAGUUGCUGUUGCUGCUGAUGAGAGCUGUCGGAGUUUGCUUGAUGCUCAGAAAAUAAUACAUGGAAAUCUUGCUCAUGUUAUCAACAUCAAACUGGCAAAGAUGGGGGUUCUUGGAGCCCUCGAAGUGAUUGAUGCUGCAAGAAAAGCUGGUAUCGCGCUUAUGAUUGGCGGCAUGGUCGAGACAAGGAUUGCCAUGGGCUUUGCUGGUCAUCUAGCUGCUGGGCUUGGUUGUUUCAGUUUUAUUGACCUGGACACACCUCUUUUAUUGUCUGAAGAUCCAGUCUACGGUGGCUAUGAAGCUUCUGGACCUCUCUACAAAUUUACCAAUGCUCGCGGCCAUGGUGGCUUUCUUCACUUGGACAACAAUAAUGGAUGGAAAUGAAGAUGGUCAAGGAAUGCCGUUCUCCCAGAACUUCGUAAAGUUAUGUUAUCACAUUGGACGACUAAAGUCUGGAGCUGAAAUCACACUCUUGUAAGAUAAAUUGAUAGCUUCAAAAGUUCCAUUUAUGUGCUGUUAUAAGUCCAGUGAGGUCUAGCGUAUUUGAUCAGGCUGUAGAUAGAAACAUGAAGGCCACUUUGUCUGGCACUGUUGUUGUAUCGAAAUGGUGCAGUAAAC